AUGGAGAUCUGUCUCACACUCAUUUUACUCUCCUCUGUAGUAAUGAUCAUUACUGCUGAAAUGAAUGUGAGGUUGGUGAAUGGUGGCAGUCGUUGUGCUGGUAGAGUUGAGGUUCUUCAUGAUGGUCAGUGGGGAACAGUGUGUGGUGCUGACUGGGAUCUGACAGAUGCUGCAGUGGUGUGUAGAGAGAUGAACUGUGGAGAGGCUGUAGAGCCUACAUAUGGGGCUUACUUUGGACAAGGAUCAGGACCAAUCACAAUGGCUUAUGUGGAGUGUAGUGGAUCAGAGUCCUCACUGAAGAACUGUAGAUCAGACGACCAGUAUAUUCAGUACUGUUCUCAUUCUCGUGAUGCUGGUGUGAUCUGCUCAGAAACCAUAAACUAUGGAAGAUAUGCACGACUUGUUAAUGGACCUCAUCUGUGUUCUGGAAGAGUUGAGCUGCUCUGUGGUAACACCUGGAUGUCAGUGUGUGAUGCUGUGUUUGAUGAUCAGGAUGCAGAGGUUGUGUGUAGAGAGCUGAACUGUGGGGUUCCUGUACAGCUGCUGGGUGCAGAUACUUUUGGUAAAGGAGAGGGGCAGGUGUGGACACAAGAGAUUCAAUGUAGAGGAGAUGAAUCACACAGUCGAUUAUGUUCAUAUGCUUCACAUAAAGUAACCUGUUCACAUGACAAUGAUGUGGGACUGAGAUGUUCUGGUUACUCUGACCUCAGACUGAUGAACGGCUCUGAUAUCUGCUCUGGUCGAGUUGAGCGUCAGUAUUUCAGUAAAUGGGGCUCAGUGUGUGAUGAGUGCAUGAAUAUGAGAGCUGCCAAUGUCCUCUGUAGAGAGCUGAAUUGUGGGAUUGCUGUGUCUGUUGUGGGAGUGGACUGGUUUGGAGAGGGAUCUGGUGAAAUCUGGGCUGAUGUGUUUGAUUGUCAGGGGAAUGAAACAAAACUCUCAGAAUGUUCAAUCUCUUCAUGGAGUCGAGCUGAAUCCUCUCAUAAACAAGAUGUUGGAGUCAUUUGUUCUAAUUCCUCUCUGUCUCUUCAUGAUGGUCGAGUGAGGUUGUCUGGAGAGAGAGAGUGUGAGGGUGAGGUGGAAGUUUACAUUCAUCAGGUUUGGAGGAGAGUUCUGCUGGACUCCUGGAGUCUCACUGAAUCCUCUGUGGUCUGCAGACAGCUGGGCUGUGGCUCUGUGCUGAACUUCACUAACUCCUCUUCAUCCAGUGAUGAACACAGUUAUGAGUGUGUGAUGGGCUUCCAGUGCUCUGGGACUGAAGAUCAUCUGAGGAACUGCAGCUCUCCACAAACUCUCAACUGCAGCGCAACACAACAGCUGGCAAUCACCUGCCAAAGUCAAAGGUCGAUCAGGUUGGUGGGUGCUGGUGGAGAUUGUGCAGGAAGGCUGGAGAUUUUUCACAAAGGCUCAUGGGGUACAGUGUGUGAUGACUCCUGGGAUAUUAAAGAUGCUCAUGUGGUGUGCAGACAGCUGCAGUGUGGAGUGGCUCUCAGUAAUCAGCCAGUACCAGCCUGGUUUGGUCCUGGUUCUGGACCCAUAUGGCUGGAUGAUGUGAACUGUGAGGGGAAUGAGACGUCACUGUGGAGCUGCUCUUCACGGGUCUGGGGAGAUAAUGACUGUAACCACAAGGAGGAUGUAGGAGUCGUGUGCUCAGAGUUUAAAGAGCUCAGGUUAACUGAAGGCUGUAAAGGGAAUGUGGAGGUUUUCUACAAUGGAUCCUGGGGUAAUGUUUGCUACAAUCAGAUGAACAGAGACACAGCGAGUCUGAUCUGUCAAGAGCUGAACUGUGGAAGAUCUGCCAGUGAACCCAACUAUUCAGAUGGAUUGAGGUCUCAUAAUUGGUUGGAUUUCUUUAAAUGUCGAUCAGAAGACUCCACUUUAUGGCAGUGUCCAUCUUCACCCUGGGGACAGAAUGACUGUAAUGAAGAUGAAGUGGCCAAAAUUAUCUGCUCUGGUGAGAUUAAAUUAAAAUGUCUUGUAAGUUUUCCAAUUAUUUUUUUGUACAGUGUGUAUAGACAAUGUUCAAAUCAUCUUCCUCUCAGACUGAGUGGAGGGAAGGGUUUGUGUUCGGGGAGACUGGAGGUUUAUCAUAACUCUGUGUGGGGUUCAGUCUGUGAUGAUCUGUGGGACAUCAGAGAUGCUCAGGUGGUCUGCAGGCAGCUGGGUUGUGGAGCAGCAUUGAGUGUUGAUGGGAAUGAAGCGUUUGGUGCUGGUGAAGGUGUUGUGUGGAUGAACAGAGUCGAGUGCAGAGGGACUGAGAUUCACCUGUGGGACUGUCCUCAUGUCCUGAAAAAUCACACUGACAGCUCACACAAAGAACAAGUUAGACUCAUCUGUGCAGACAGAAUGAGGCUGGUGGGUGGCAGUAAUUCUUGUGCUGGUAGGGUGGAGACUUAUUCUAAAGGAGAAUGGGAAGCUAUGUGUCUUGAUUAUUGGGAUAUAACAGCAGCAUCAGUGUUGUGUAUGCAGCUGGGCUGUGACAGUAAUCCAGAUACAAUACAUAUUGCUCACUUUGGACCGGGAUCAGGAAAAAUUUUGAAGGUUAACAUUGACUGUAGCGGAUCAGAAUCCACAGUAAUGAGAUGCAGCAGAAUGGCAACUUAUGAUCCUAAUUGUAAUCACAAUGAAGAUGUUGGAGUUAUCUGCAAAGACACACUGAGAUUAGUUGGUGGUGGCAGUCGUUGUUCUGGUAGAGUUGAGGUUCUUCAUAAUGGUCAAUGGGGAACAGUGAGUGAUGAUGGUUGGGAUCUGAGAGAUGCUGCAGUGGUGUGUAGAGAGCUGGACUGUGGAGAGGCUGUAGAUGCACCAAUGAAUGCCUAUUUUGGAGAAGGGAAAGGGCCAAUCUGGAUUAAUAAUGUACAGUGCACUGGACAAGAAUCUGACCUGAGACACUGCAAAACAAAUGGUUGGCGGAAACAGGAUGGUAAACAUGCUAAUGAUGCUGGAGUCGUCUGCUCGGCAAUGAGGCUGGUUGGAGGUUCUCGCUGUUCUGGGAGAGUUGAGAUGCAUCGAGGAAACACCUGGAUGUCAGUGUGUGAUGAUGUGUUUGAUGAUCAGGAUGCAGAGGUUGUGUGUAGAGAGAUGAACUGUGGGGUUCCUGUACAGCUGCUGGGUGCAGAUACUUUUGGUAAAGGAGAGGGGCAGGUGUGGACACAAGAGAUUCAAUGUAGAGGAGAUGAAUCACUCAUUCGAUCAUGUUCAUCAUCAUCUACUACAACUAAAAAAACCUGCUCUCAUGACAAUGAUGUGGGAAUAUUAUGUUCUGUAACCUCUGAGAUCUCUGUGCAGGUUACUCUGACCUCAGACUGA